UCCAAAUCCAAGCACCAAUAACUCAACCACAUAGGCGGAGCUUUCAAUCAAACAGAAGAAACAUCAUCGUUUUCAUCGACAAUCGCCAUUCGGCAUUUGCUAACCCUUCAAAAAGCAAAUCAUAGACAGAUUCAGUUACAAUUAGAAUACAAAACACACAUAAUGGAGAGUAGAAUAAUGGCUGCGCUCAACUCCGUUACCUCUCCUCAUCUGCCUUCUCAUUCCCCGGGUCUGUACGCGGUGGAGAACAGCAUCAAGAGCUCCCAAUGCAGCUUCUCAGCGGGGAGCAAGAAGGUGAGUUUUCCGAGGCAAAGGUGCAGUCACGUGACGAAGACCAGGGCGGCACGUGAUGGUGGUGCUGGUGGUGCUCUCGGUGCCACGUGUCAGGCGGAGAAGAUCCUGGUGGCGAACAGAGGCGAGAUCGCGGUGCGAGUCAUCAGAACCGCUCAUGAGAUGGGAAUUCCGUGCGUGGCUGUGUACUCGACCAUUGAUAAGGACGCGCUUCAUGUCAAGCUCGCUGAUGAUGCUGUUUGCAUCGGUGAAGCGCCUAGCAGUCAAUCGUACUUAUUGAUUCCAAAUGUUCUAUCUGCUGCUAUUAGCCGAAGAUGCACAAUGUUGCAUCCUGGGUAUGGUUUCCUUGCUGAAAAUGCAGUGUUUGUUGAGAUGUGCAGAGAGCAUGGAAUCAAUUUUAUUGGGCCAAAUCCCGACAGUAUUCGGGUUAUGGGUGACAAAUCAACUGCCAGAGAUACAAUGAAGAAAGCAGGUGUUCCUACGGUUCCGGGAAGUGAUGGAUUGUUACAGACCACAGAGGAAGCUAUCAGGCUGGCAAAUGAGAUUGGUUUCCCUGUAAUGAUCAAGGCAACAGCUGGAGGUGGAGGGCGUGGCAUGCGCCUUGCUAAAGAACCUGAUGAAUUUGUAAAGUUAUUACAGCAAGCUAAGAGUGAAGCUGCUGCUGCAUUUGGUAAUGAUGGAGUUUAUUUGGAAAAGUAUGUCCAAAACCCAAGGCACAUUGAGUUCCAGGUUCUUGCUGAUAAAUAUGGUAAUGUAGUUCACUUUGGAGAACGUGAUUGCAGCAUCCAGAGGCGUAAUCAGAAACUGUUGGAAGAAGCACCUUCUCCUGCAUUGACCCCAGAGUUGCGUAAGGCAAUGGGUGAUGCAGCAGUUGCUGCAGCUGCAUCUAUAGGUUACAUAGGUGUUGGAACGGUUGAGUUCCUCUUGGAUGAAAGAGGUUCUUUUUACUUCAUGGAGAUGAACACUCGUAUCCAGGUUGAGCAUCCGGUGACAGAAAUGAUUUCUUCUGUUGAUUUGAUAGAAGAGCAAAUUCGUGUAGCUAUGGGGGAAAAACUUCGAUACAAACAGGAGGAUAUUGUGCUCAGAGGACAUUCUAUUGAAUGCCGUAUCAAUGCAGAGGAUGCUUUCAAGGGUUUUAGACCAGGGCCAGGUAGAAUAACAGCAUACUUGCCAUCUGGUGGUCCAUUUGUUAGAAUGGACAGCCAUGUUUAUCCUGAUUAUGUGGUUCCUCCAAGCUAUGACUCCCUUCUUGGAAAGCUUAUUGUUUGGGCUCCAACAAGAGAAAAGGCAAUUGAACGUAUGAAAAGGGCACUUGAUGACACAAUUAUCACAGGGGUUCCUACUACAAUUGAUUACCAUAAACUUAUCCUUGACAUAGAGGAUUUCAAAAAUGGCAAAGUUGAUACUGCUUUUAUUCCAAAGCAUGAAGAGGAGUUGGCAAUGCCUCCUGUGAAGAUGGUACUGGCCAAAGAAUUCGCUGGUGUAAAUGCAUGAUGGAUAUGAUAUGACAUUUGGGAUAUCAUCAAGAAUGGCUGGCCUUGUUUUAAUCACACUCUCCGUGCAUUUAUGUGAAAAUUUCAAUGAAAUUUUGAUAAUUAACUUGGCACUAUUGUCUUUGUUCUUGACACAUUGUAAAAACCAAAAUAUGUUUGGUUCUAUUGCUAAUAUCAAAUACUGGUGCUAGAAAGUGCGAGUACCCGUUUGCAAUUCUUCAAGAUUCAUAGUUGUAUUUGACUGAUGAAAUAUUCUAAAUUUUUGUUUUCCUAAA